CUAACGGAUUCCCGGCUUGCGCUUUCUUCUUUUACGUCAUUUAUCUCGCGUCAGGUGUGAAAUUAAUUAACGGGCGUGGGCGUGGUGCAUUGUGGGAUAUAUCACAUGUGCGUGGAAAAGCGCGAGCCCCUUUAGUGUGUGAAUGUUACUCCACUUGUUCUCAUGCUCUGUUAUGGGGCUCAUUCUGACCUCCACCUGCGUAAUCGUGGGUCUGUUCUCUCCAACCGUCGCGCUCCCUCUCCACACACCGUAUCCGGUCACCAGCGGAGAGCAGGGGCGGCUCGAGGCGCCGUAUUUACAGCUACCCGUGUCCAUGCAUUUCAGAAUCCCGCGCGUGGACAAACAGUACUUCUCGCCGGCGCACGUGAAGAACCGCAAUCCGCUGCCCAAGCGCGUGCGCCAGGUCCUCGUGCCCGCGCCCCUGCGACGCACGAAGACUCGAGAGAGGCCGACUGGCCCGAUGAGCGUCACGUGCAAUGCCAAGGAGAUGCGCGUGCGAGUUGACACGGCGAACCUGGGAGCCAGCGGGGAGCGCAUGCACGUGAGACUGGGCACGUGCGACGUCUCCAGACACACCGAGCAGAGUGUUUUAUUUCAGUACGACCUGCACGAGUGCGGCACGCGGAGACAGAUGAUAAAUCAGACCCUUGUUUACUUCAACAUGCUGCGCUACACUCCUGAUGCCCGUGUGCUGGGGUCUGAGACCUUCUCUGUACCUGUAGAGUGUCGUUUUAACAGGUUCCACUACUCGUAUAAGAUUGGCUAUGUGCCGUCCGUCGAAAAGUUGAAGUUCUUUAAACCCAUGAAGACCAAAGGCAGCGUCUCGCUAACGGCCUGCGAUGCUCAGUGGAACAGACUCUCGCCCUCCGAAGCCGUCGUUAUCGGACAGCCGAUGUACUUCCAAGCCGAGACUCUUUACGUGCCUGAAGACGAGCGCUUAUUCGUGCAUUUCUGUCACGUGACCACAAACAGCUCACGUGUCUCCUCGCCGCAUGUUAACGUCAUCAACAACUACGGCUGCCUGAUGGACAGCAAGCGCAGCGGCCAGUCCAGGUUCAUCAACGGCACUAGGAGGAACGUCGUCAGGUUCAUCAUCGAUGCCUUCACACUGCCGGGAAAAGUGCAAAAGUAUCUGUUCAUACACUGCGAGAUGUCCAUCAGGAGCGUCGUUCCAACACAGACGUCAAAGUUGUGCAGCUAUAACCAGCUGGAGCUCAGGUGGGAGGAGCUUCAUGGAGCAGACUCUGUGUGUUCAUGCUGUGACUUGACCUGUGUCCCUGAGCGGCCAACACUGAUGCGACCCUUGACCAGUGAACUGGGGACUUUAUUGGAGCACGCCCCAGAAGGAACGAGCAGAAAGAACCCAGCACAGAGCACAGAGGGAGUCUUCACCCCAAAGCAGGAACAUGAGACGCUCAUGAUGGAGAACCUGCAGGAAAUGAUUGUUCCAGAGAGGAGAUUCACAUUGGAGCAAGAGCGCAGACUCUCCCUGGACAGUACGCCCACGUCGGACAGCAGGAGUAUAGCGCUGACCCCAGAGAGUGAGCACGGUGAGAUCACACCAGAGACUCCACCCACUCUGAAGAGUGAACACAGAGCACUGACACUAGAGCACAAAUCCAGAACACUAACAGAGGGUGAGCAUGGAUGGCUCACACUGGAGACUCCGCCCACAGUGGUGAAUGGGCAUGGAUGGCUCACACCGGAGACUCCGCCCACAGUGGUGAAUGGGCAUGGAUGGCUCACACCGGAGACUCCGCCCACAGUGGUGAGUGAGCGCAGAACUCUGACGCCAGACAUCGUGCAGGAAAAGGUCACACCUUACACACAUGAAACCCUCACACCUUCAGAUGAGCAACACACAACUACACCCGUUUACACACAGCCACUCGAACCCUACAGGAUUUUCGAGGAAGUGUUUGGACUCGGCUAAAGAGGAAAGACGCGAAUGGAACAUCCGUUACUCUAUGGCAAUAAAAACAUCUGAAAAACCG